AAUCCACAUAUGUGAGGAUUGGCGCGUAACGUUGGUUGGCGCGUAACCCAGCAUGUUCAUCAUCAGCAUUGGGGUUUAAAUUAUUUCAAACAUAACCUUAUCAGGACCGCUCCGGUGACACCGGUAACUUGAUUCACAUCCUAGCUGGACAUGAAGACAGAAAGCAACGAUCCAUUCUUGAACUCUGCUGCAAGAACUCGACGAGAUGAACGGACCGACUCAACCGACACACUGCCAUCAAUCGAAGAUCUACUACAACAAGCGUAUGAAGUUCAUCAAACGAUCACAAAAGGAUUGCACAAGCAAGUGACAUCCUUGAGUCAGUUGCUUGCACAGAAGGAGCAGGAGGUGAAGAAUACAUCAUGUCAGCGUUGCAGUUCUGUCAAAGACACAUUUGAAAAAUACAAGGCAAGCCAUCAACAAAUUGUUGCAAAGCAGGAAACUAAAAUUGAACUUUUGGAGCAGCGUUUGUUGGCUUUUGAGAAAGAUCAACGAGAGAGGAGCACAGCCAGCAGGCAUGGAAGCUCCACCAGUGCAGUCUACAAGAACUUCUCCUGCAUGGAAGAGAGCAAACUCCACGCGAUGGAUGGCAGCAGCAUCCUAGUCUGGGAGUCCGAAGACGAGUCACCCGUCAGUGCCAGCCGGAACUUCGUGCCCCCUUCCCCACCGUGCUUUCGGGAGCGCAGUGGACCUCUCGUGCCUCCUUCUACGCGUGCCCGUUCCUCCCCCAACCCUUCACGCGCUAAAGUCAAAGCCGAACUGCAGGAAUCGCCUAGCUUGCUUGCGAAGGUGAACAGCCUUCUACCAGUGAACGCAGAAGCAGUGAAGGCCGAAGUGGGAGGUAGCACAGAUACCGAUGCCGUCGCUAAAACCACGAAAACCGAGCAUCUUGCUAACGAUGCCUCUACCCGUACAGUGAACGCCGGGGUUCGGGAUCAUAGUCCCGACCUUGAGCUUCCGACGGUCGACCCCGGGCGCUCUUCGUGUACGCCACCUAGAGUGCCGGAGCACUCUGUGACGAAACCGGCGGAGGAAAAUUCAAGGACUGCGGCAUCUCCGAGCUUGUUGCAGAUCCUGCUGCAGUCUCCGGUGCGUUCGGAGCAGCCUAGUACUCCCCGCCCGCCUGGCAAAGAACGGCAGAGUGCGGCGGUCGGCGAAAGGGUAGUUGCAGCUGGAGCGGUGCCGAAACCAACCGUGGACCGGGAUUAUGACCCUUCCCAGAGCCUCCUAAGGCCUCUGGCAUCUGUGUGCACCCCCAAAAUCGAAAAAAGCCCGGUUGGAAUGGGUGGCGACGAGGUUCCAACCGGUUGCGUUUCGGUCGACCUGACAUUCUCGACGCAGGAGAGUGACAAGUCGUCUCCGCGGCCCGCAGCAGCAUCGUCGGCGGGCGAGUCGGCCCCCGAUAAACUGUCGCUCGCGGGAAAACGCCUUUUUCCGGGGGCCGAAUGCCGCAGGGGUCCCGGGCAGGUCGCAGGGAGCUGCAAGCCCUCACCACCUCGAAAGAGGAAGAAGCAGACCAAGUUGUCCGACAGGUACUUCCUUGCAGUGAACCGACACAGUCCAUUCACUCGUAACCUGGCGAGGCGAAAAGAGCUUUCGCAGACAAAGCUCGGCCAGCGUUCGGAGGCUGAAGUGUGCCGAGAGUCGAAGGAGGACUUGGAUGAGACGUACCUGCCUGUGGGGACCCUAGAAAUUUCCGAUACGCCGGUUCCUGAUGCUCUACCUGCUACCGAUGCUUUGCCGGUUCUGGAUAUUGUCUCAAAGGGAGAGGAAGCAGCACUAGACAAAGACAAAGAAAAAGUGGCUCAAACCAGUGGCAAUGUUGAUGAUCCUUCAGAGGUGGCUCACAAGUUCCACGGAACCCCGGUGCGUGGACGAGAGGCGCGCCAGCGUCUGCCGGCACACGAGUGCAAAGACUGCCAGGAUUUCUACGAGCGGGCGGGACAUGGCCGGCGUCAGGAGCUGUUGAAGAAGUGCUCUCGACACAGAGCUCUGCACGCACCGCCGCCAACGCCGGACAACUUCUGGGAGCUGGACUUUCCAGACACGCAGGAGUGCAGAGCCAGAGGGUACCUGAAUGAGACCUUAAACGACACCCCGAGGAAUGGCCCCCGAUGACAGCCAUGUAAUGUACAUAUGCAACCCUAUUGACCUGUAUAGAGAAAUUAAAAAUUUUAGUAAGAGUAAAGGUAAUGUUUAAUCCUAUUAUG